AUGGAAGAAGAUGGAAAGAAGAAGAAAGUACCGGACUGGGCGUGGUCGGCGCACGUGCAAACUCAUGCAUGCGAUACCUACCGGGUGCCGCAGUGCAGCGUUGCAGGCAGACGGCCUAUGGAGGCUGGCCCAGCCGAGAACCAGUUUGGACCAGUACUCGAUUUGAACCCGCAACUCACCCGUAGUGCUCCACCUAGUCAAAACACGUUCAAAGAGGGCGGGCGGCCGCGCGCCCAACACGUCCAAAUACCGAAGCACGAACUGGAGCGGUCGGUUUGUUUUGAAAUGUCCGGAGCGCUCGCGAGCCACUCGUUUCUUAUCACGCCGCCGACGCUGGGAAAGAACCGAUUUCCCGCCGAGCUCGCGUGCGCAGCUGGGAUCUUCGAAAUUUAUACGUGCCACCGAUACCGAUUGCGUUUUAGGCAGAAGGUGUUAAAGAAGCAGGUCGUUCACCGGAUGUCAAGCUACAUCAGACAUCCAGAAAAAACAUUG